CUCUAUCCCCUACCGCUUGGUCCAGCCUCUGGUCCAGCCCAUUGAGCCACCAGCCAAUGUCUUUGUGGCUCUGACUUUUUGGUGUGUGCACUGCUGGUAGCCACAUUUUCCGACGUUUCAGCAUACAUCAUCUGUCUUCCACCGGCUGGAGCCUUCACUCUGCUCAUCGGCUCAUCCUCCGUGUAUCUAUAGCUCUAAAACAUGGCGGCUUUCAAAGCUUUGUACAGAGCGCAGAAUGUUUUCUACAAAAACGUCUCAAAUCCCUGCAGAACCAAAAUAAAUGUGGCUUAUCUCCAAUUGACCAAGACGUGCAGCUGUUACUUUUCUACCUCCAGCCAUAGAAGAUCCCAGUUCUUCUCCGAUCCUAUAGAGGCGGUCAAAGAUAUCCCAAGUGGAGCUACCAUUCUUGUAGGAGGCUUUGGAUUAUGUGGUAUCCCGGAGAAUCUUAUCAACAGUUUACUGAAGACCGGCGUUAACGGUCUCACUGCAGUCAGCAACAAUGCAGGAGUGGAUAACUUUGGCCUGGGUCUGCUGCUUAAGACUAAGCAGAUCAAGAGGAUGAUCUCUUCAUACGUCGGGGAGAACGCGGAGUUUGAGCGACAGUAUCUGGCCGGGGAGUUGGAAGUGGAGCUUACACCACAGGGAACCCUCGCGGAGAGGAUCCGGGCUGGGGGGGCUGGGGUUCCAGCCUUCUUCACAGCCACUGGCUAUGGCACACUGAUCCAAGAGGGAGGCUCCCCUAUUAAGUACAACAAAGACGGCAGCAUUGCCAUCGCCAGUGAGAAGAGAGAGGUGCGGGAGUUCAAUGGCAAGCACUACAUCAUGGAGAAGGCCAUCACUGGAGACUUUGCACUGGUCAAGGCAUGGAAAGCUGACAAGGCCGGAAACAUCAUUUUCAGGAAAACAGCCAGGAACUUCAACCAACCUAUGUGCAAGGCAGCCAAAACCACCAUAGUUGAGGUGGAGGAGGUGGUGGACGUCGGGACCUUUGCUGAAGAGGACGUCCACAUACCCAGCAUCUACGUCAACAGGAUCGUCCAGGGAGCCAGCUACGAGAAAAGGAUCGAGAAACGCACAGUGAAAAAAAGCCAAGAUGAGAGUCCUAAACCAAAGAAGGACGCCGAUAUUGUUCGGGAAAGGAUCAUUCGACGGGCCGCCCUGGAGUUUGAGGAUGGGAUGUAUGCUAACCUCGGUAUUGGUAUCCCCAUGCUGGCCAGCAACUUCAUAAAACCAGACAUUACCCUACACCUCCAAAGUGAAAAUGGAAUUUUGGGACUGGGCCCAUACCCCACUGAGGAUGCAGUGGAUGCAGACCUGAUUAAUGCUGGGAAGGAAACUGUUACUGUUCUCCCAGGGGCCGCCUAUUUCUCCAGUGAUGAGUCUUUUGCCAUGAUUCGAGGGGGUCACAUCAACCUGACCAUGCUGGGAGCCAUGCAGGUGUCAAAACAUGGAGACCUAGCCAACUGGAUGAUCCCAGGUAAGAUGGUGAAGGGAAUGGGAGGAGCCAUGGAUUUGGUGGCUAGUGCUGGAACCAAGGUGGUGGUCACAAUGGAGCACUCAGCUAAGGGAGGAAAACACAAGAUAUUGGACAAAUGCAUCCUGCCUUUAACUGGGAAGCAGUGUGUGGAUCGGAUCAUCACUGAAAAGGCUGUGUUUGAUGUGGAUAAGACAAAAGGCCUGACUCUGAUAGAAGUAUGGGAGGGGCUCACUCCUGAGGAUAUCAAAGCAUGCACUGGCACCGAUUUUGAAGUGUCUCCCAACCUGAGGUCAAUGCAGCAAAUCUAGAGGAGCAUGCAAUGGAUCUGAAUCAAUGGACUGGUCAUAUGCUGUUAAAGCAUGUUUGGCACUUGAACAUUAGAAGGAUUUAGUCCUAACUAAUGUUACCUGAAUGGGAAUCACAGGAGCCAAAUGCAUUGUUGUCUAUGACAUGAUUAAAUUAUUAAUUUAUACGGUUUGUACAGCUAUUAUCAAAUAAUCCAUCUGAAAAUGGCAUUUAAACUGUAAGAUAAGAUAAGUGAAACUUUAUUUGUAGUAAAACCAAAACGUAUCUACUUUACACUGAUAUUUUAUAGAUGAAUAUAGAGAGCUGUAAUUAAUUUAGAAAACAAGUGUGCUGCACAUCAGGUGAUUUUCCUUUGACACAGAAGGGAAUAUGUUUGUACUGUAGUUUGUAUUGAACUUUGUGCUACACCAAGUUA